AUGGCGGCGGUGGCGAUUGCGGCGACGGUCGUUCAGUCGUACAGCGCUCAGGCGUCUCCAAAAGCUGUGCUCGCUCGAACCGCGGCCGACUCUACCAUCGCGGCCGCAGCUGUUGAGCUCUCCAGAAGACUGGAAGUGCUGACUCGAUUCUACCUCGAAUUCUUCUACCCCCACGACUCGGAACGCGAAUGCAUUCGUGGCAUCCUAUGGGUCGUCCAGAGUAUCGACCUCUGGCGAGUCAGCCAGUCACUUGAUGACACCAUGAAGUACAGCGAUCGCCAUCUCGCUGGCCUCUCCGCAGGCCCCCCCGACCGCGUCGAACUCAUCGGCGCGGGCUCUCUCGGCUACGGGACCGGCCCCAGCUUCGGCUGA